ACAAGAAGAUGUCCAGUUAGCCAGUUUGUUAGCUGCUAACCAGUCGGGAAGUUGCAAUAUUACUGUUGACAGUAGAAUCUGGAAGAAGCGAUGCAGGGUAUCGGAUGUUUGCAAGUGAACGUCAACGUGUCAGGUUUCCUCUUUUGUGAAUUUUGAGAGCCGGUCAGUCACCGAUGCUAGUUAGCUUAGCUUUGCUAACGUUAUCGAGGCCAGCGGUUGUAACGUCUGCGUUUAGUUAACGUGGAUAUUUGGCAGCGAGUAGAGCUGGUACCAGAAGAGAGACGUGAUAUUUAUUAAAUGAACAACUAUCGCGAACAAACAGCUGCAGUUCGGGGCAUGUAAUUUAACUUGACGAGCACGAAUAAAGGUCCGUGUUAAAGUAUAGGUGGAGGUUGGUUUUGAUGGUUUAGCUUAGCAAUAGAUUAGCCGAAGAAAAGUGCAGUCAUGGACGAUUUCAGCUCGAUCAGCCUGCUGUCUCUGGCGAUGUUGGUGGGCUGUUAUGUGGCCGGAACAAUACCCUUAGCAGUCAACUUCUCAGAGGAAAGGCUGAAGCUGAUCACUGUGCUGGGAGCAGGGCUGCUGUGUGGGACUGCACUGGCUGUUAUCAUUCCUGAGGGGGUCCACGCACUUUAUGAAGAAAUCCUCGAAGGUGGACACCACAGCCACGGCCAGGUUGGAGUCGUGGAAGCCUCUGAGGCGAAGGGUGAAGUAGAAGCAGCCCUGAGUGCCAGCGGGAACCAUGAGCACAGUCACGAGCAGCUUCACGCCUGCAUCGGAGUGUCUCUGGUCCUGGGCUUCGUCUUCAUGCUACUGGUGGACCAGAUAGGCAGUUCUCACAUGCACAGUACUGAAGAUCCAGAGUCAGCAAGGGUCACCUCCUCGAAGAUCACCACCACCCUGGGUCUCGUGGUCCACGCCGCAGCUGACGGGGUGGCACUAGGAGCUGCUGCCUCUACGUCUCAGACCAGCGUUCAGCUCAUUGUCUUUGUAGCAAUCAUGCUGCAUAAGGCCCCCGCAGCGUUCGGCCUGGUGUCGUUCCUGAUGCACGCUGGUCUUGAGAGGAACCGCAUCCGCAAGCACCUCCUGGUCUUUGCCCUGGCAGCGCCCGUCCUCGCCAUGCUCACCUUUUUAGGCCUCAGUCAGAGCAGCAAGGAGGCCCUGUCGGACAUCAACGCCACCGGUGUCGCCAUGCUCUUCUCUGCCGGCACCUUCCUCUACGUGGCCACCGUCCACGUCCUCCCGGAGGUAGGUGGUGGCGGCCACAGCCACGCUGCGGCCGGAGGGAACGGGGGCAAAGGACUGAGCAAGGUGGAGGUGGUAGCUCUGGUGCUGGGCUGCCUCAUUCCUCUGGUGCUGUCCGUCGGUCACCACCAUUAGACCCAGAGCUCAGGACGGACUAAAGACGGGUGUACAGCGGAAACAGAGACUUCAAACAUUAUGGGAUCUAAAUGUCUUAUUGCUUGUCGUCUGCUGAUGGACCCCGUAGACCAGAGUGGUGCUCGUUGCGGGGACGUCACAUGACUCGAAACUGACCUUGAAACAGGGAGUGAAUGACGUUCGGGGAAUCAGAGUUGCUGUGACAACCGAGGCAGGUUUUUCUGCUCACACUGAUGAGGAAACAUCUCACAGCUACUGUAUGUGUCCAUUUAUUCCACCUGAGAUCUUCUUUGAGAGGCCAGAGGUGGACCCUUAGCUCUGUUUAUUUACGUCACCAUGACGUUUUCAGUGUUGCAUUGUUGUGCUAGUCCAAAGUUGAGGAAACAGCCCUGAUUUCAUUACAGUGAUGUUUUACUAGAUGGCAGUAGCACAGUGAGAUACAGAUGGUCUUGAUUCAAGCCUGUGAUAUUAAGAAAGCAAAUGUUUUGUUUUUUUUAAUAAUAAUAGUGUACAGAAUGUAAAUCUCUUAGCAACAGUCCAGAUUGAUUAGAACUGAUUAUCAAGUGCCAUAUUAGCAAAUUGAACCCGAAGAGACGAGAAAGAUUUGUAGAAAACGUUCCCGACUCAUUUUCUUACCAAGAUCUUUUUCUGGCAGCGAGCCACGCUAACCAGCCAGAUUUAACGGUUCAUGCUUUGGCUUGUGAGUUUGUCUACCAGGUGGAGGUUUGUCCUGUUCAGUCGUUGUGGCGAGCAGUUUGUUGGCCCGAUGGGAAGCUCGUGUGGGAUGAAUACUGAUGGUGCGUCUAUCCUGUAAAGCCACAGACAAAGGUUCAUGGACUAGUCUGCUUUAACCUGCGUCGAGGAAAAGACACAACCCGCCUUGAUAUAUCACUUUUAUCUGUUACUUUACCAGAUGUGUUUAUUUCUGUUUUACUUGGUGAGUAAUUAUAAAUAGGGAUUGGAGGAAAAGUCUGUAUAGAAUCAUCUUAAGUGAUUGGAUAGUGUUGAUAAGCAUCUUUAGAGGUGGAGGGUCAUUUCAGCCGCUCUGUAUGAAUGAAUGAUUUGCAUUACAGAGGACUUCCGUGAGCGAAAUGUUUUUUCAGCGUUUUCAUUGGUUUAUACCCGAGCAAUAAUUCUACACAUGAAAUUGAGGCAAAAUCUCUUCUUUCCCAGUCUGAAAUGGCUACAGAGGGUUUACCGUCAUAUUCAGAGCGCUUGUAUCUGUCGGCUCUUGAACGCAGCCCUGCCCUGAGCGCCCCCGUCCCGGCCUAAGUACCAUUAAAACAGCAACAGGUUGAUGCAUUACGACGUAAGUAGGCUGCUCCCUCUUCUAUCAGGACACGUGGACAUCGUGAGUGUUACUGUAUCACUGUGCCUGCUCACAGCAGAGCUCAUGUAUAUGUAUGUAAGUAUGUAUGUGUGCUGUACAGAGUAACUCCUUCCUACCACAAUCUUCAUGAUGGAACUGCUUAACUCACAAACGCAUCGUUUUUUUAUUUCAAUUUUUGGAAGUGAUGGACUGUUGAUUGCAGCACAGACACAAGAGGCUGCAGACUGUCUACGAAGUCUCUCUAUUUUAUGUGUAAAUUGAACGGUUUUGCACAUGAAACUUGUCAAUUGAUUCCAAGUUAUGUGACGAGAAGAACCCCACCGUGAUGGUUUUAGGCCUCCCCGGGUGGGUCGCACGCAGACCAGCAGCUGCAUGGCCGUUUUAUUUUCUACCGGACGCUGUAUGUGUGUACAAAAGGGAAAAAAAGACCCCACUGUGUUGCUUUACACCCGGAUAUUAUGAAGGACAGCCCCAUUAUGUGCCAUUUCAUCUUUCUAAACCACGGUGCAUCAGAAUCCCUGCUACGUUUUGUCAUUUACAUGUUUCUCUUUAUCUUGAUGAAAAACUGUUCGAUGAGUUCAGGGUCCACUGGUGUUUGUGCUCAGGGCUGCAACGAACGAUUCUUUUCAUUAUCUGCAGAUUAUUUUCUCCAUCAAUUGUUUGGCGUUAAAAAGAAAAAUGCCCCGCCACAAAUUCCCAGAAUCAGAUGUUUUGCUUUGUCAGAACCCCAAAUAUAUCCAGUUUAUUCUCACACAACCCUGAUUCCAAAAGAGUUGAGACGCUGCGUAAAAUGUAUAUAAAAACAGAAUGUGAAGUGUUUUCAAUUGAGGUUCUGUCAGCAAGGGUGAGCAAAUGUUCACUUCCUGUUUAUUUAUGUUUUACAGAGUCACAACUUUAUUGGAAUCAGGAUUGUAGAAGACAAAGACACAGAAAAUAUAUUGAGAAGAUUGAAUGAAUGAAAAUGAGAACUCAUCAAUUAUGAAAAUGGUUGCAGGUUAAUUUUCUGUUGAUCGAUUAAUCCACCAAACGUUGCAGCUCUGUACGCUCUCUGUGUGUGAUUUACCAAACUGCAUUUCUUUGGGAAUAUGUCCGCUGUUAAAGUCCCUGAAAACGUGGCUUAAAAUCAGUAUUUGUCCUCAAUGAACAAAGUUAAAACUUAAAAACUGAACUAAUGUGCUUCACCAGGACUGUGUGGGUGGGGUUUGAUCAGAUGUGACUGGCAGUUCUUUUAAAAUACGUCACCGACCCGCCAGCUGUCAGCACAGUUUGAUUCCAAUGAUGCUGAACUCUGAUUGGUGGAUGGAAGUACGUGAGAUCAUCUGCCUGAAAUACCCACAACUGAUCUAAGUUUAGCAGAAAAUGGUGACUUCACGUUGGAGCCGCCAUUCAUAGUUUUAGUCAGGUCGCUGCCCAGUGAAAACCACGUAUCUCCAGAUUUUUUGAUUUUGAAUUUUUCAGAUAAAUAGAUAAAGUGUUCUUUUAUGGUUGGAGAAUGUAAUUGUUUCUUCUUUCAUACUGGCAGUGAACACAGUUUGCAAAUCCAAGGCAGGGCUCCAUAGAUUCCAACAUCAGUAAUGUGGGACUAAAUCCACUGUCCUCCGUCUUCCUUUAAAAAUUUAGAUAGAGCUGCUGUGAGGCGGUCUGAGUUAGACGAGUCCAGUCUUUUUAGAAGAUUAUUCUCUUGUGCUACUAUUUUCCAUUCAGAAGAGUAGAAGUUUGGAAGAUGAGCACUUGAUUUGUCUAACUCCGACUGUUAAAUCCUCAUAUUAACAUUAAUUAACUGAACUUCUAAUGUAUUUUUACAUUGAAGGACGUCCCCCAUCUGUUACAUUGGAAUUAGGAAGGGGUGUCUUCAUGAGCAGUAUGAACAGGAGGAAUGAUUACAGCAAGCCAGGGUACAUGCAGGGUUCAUAGGGAAACUUGAAAAAAAUGUGAAUGUACCCUUUAAAGAUCUAGAAUAGAAUGAUUGAAUGAGCUCUAUAUCGACAGAGGGAGCAUUUUAAUCUCAUCUAAAAAAUGCAUCGAUACACAAAACCACUUGUUGUCAUUUUGGAGAUACGUGGUUUUCACAGGACAGCGUCAGGGUUGUACGAUCUUCGACAGAAACAGUGUUCAUGUGAAGUCUAGUUCCUGAACUUGUCGGUUUGCUGAAGUUAAAGUUGUUUUUAUUGACUGAAUACAAAGCUUCAUCCUUACAUCAUAAGCAGUCAAAACGCUGGACUCUGAUUGGCUGGCAACGCCUGCUCUUCAAAUUAAAAGGAUGUAAACCUGUUUAAACUUGCUGGCUUGAAUUGAAGGUAGUCAUCAAGUCAUCUUCAAAUCAUCUUAAAAUGCAAUAAGCUCCUUUUCUUUUUUACAUCUCUGCAUUUAAAUUAAGAAAAUUGAACAAAAGAACGCCUUUAAACUGGCAGAUAUCCGCAGGUGGAGUCGAUCCUCUCCCACACAAACAGGAAGAGAUGACCGCACACAUCGGGGCUGUUUGGAGGUCUCAGUUUGCAUCAGGAGAGAUUUAGGAUCAGGGUAAUAUUUGUGAUAGCUUCAGUGGGGGUAGGAGUGUCUUUUCUAUUUUUAUUUUUUCCGUCAUUCCAGAAUGAGUCUGCCUUAUUUCCAUACUUUUGAUUGUGAAAAUCAGUUGUAAAGCAAUGUGUUUUAUGACGACUAAAUUAAAGUUUUUUAACUGGU